AAGAAUUUUAAAAUAGUCUCCUUCUUAGUAAUGGCGGCUCCGCAAGUCUCUCGCUCGGGAAUAAAGAAUAAAUGGUACUUUACCCGCGAGCAGAUAGAAAACAGUCCUUCUCGUCGAGCAGGACUGGACCCUGAUAAAGAAUUAUCGUACAGACAACAGGCUGCUAAUCUUCUACAGGACAUGGGACAACGGCUCAAUGUAUCCCAGCUCACGAUCAACACUGCCAUCGCGUACAUGCAUCGCUUCUACAUGAUCCAGUCUUUCACUCGCUUCCACCGAAAUGUGAUUGCGCCUGCUGCGCUUUUCUUGGCAGCAAAGGUUGAAGAGCAACCACGCAAGCUGGAGCAUGUGAUUAAGGUGGCUCAUGCCUGUCUCAAUCCUCAGGAGCCUCCUCUAGACUCCAGGAGUGAUACUUACCUGCAACAAUCCCAAGACCUGGUCAUGCUUGAGAGCAUUAUACUCCAGACCCUCGCCUUUGACAUCACCAUUGACCAUCCUCACACACAUGUUGUCAAGUGUACGCAGCUCGUACGAGCGAGUAAAGACCUGGCCCAGACUUCAUAUUUUAUGGCAACCAACAGCCUGCACCUGACGACGUUCUGCCUGCAGUACAGUCCGCCUGUAGUCGCGUGUGUAUGCAUACAUUUGGCCUGCAAGUGGUCUAACUGGGAAAUACCCGUCUCUAAUGACAGCAAGCACUGGUGGGAAUACGUUGACCGAAAAGUCACUCUCGAGCUGCUGGAUGAGCUCACACAUGAGUUUCUACAAAUCUUGGAGAAGACGCCAAGCCGUUUAAAACGCAUUCGAAACUGGAAAGCAUCGGGUCAAACAGCGAAGAAGCCGAAGGAAGGAGACAAGACAGAGGCCAUGAUGAGCAUGAUCUCCAUGGCAUCCUCUGAAAGCACGCUGGCUGGCCUGAUGAGCCUCUCAGCUCCUCCUUCAACAUCCGAGCCCUCCAGCCCCACAUCGUCUAUAGAGGAUAAGCAGCCUGUCUUCAAAGUGCCUAACCCACCAGAACCACCCGCUCCCACGAGAGUGUCUCUGAGUGAGUACCGAGCCAAGCAUGCAGACGAGCUCGCUGCACAGAAAAAGAAGCUGGAAAACAUGGAGGCCUCUGUAAAGCGUGAGUACGCCACAGCUGCCCAGGCCCUCAUGAACCAGCAGAGAAAGGAGAAGCAUCAUCAUAACCACCACCAGCAGCAAGCUGGCUCGAGUUCCUCAGAACCCAUCGUCCUAAAGAUUCCGAUAGAAGAGAGGCAGGAUCGUGGCUCUAUCAAAAUGCGCCUGCCGAACAGCAACAGAGGAGCCGAGCAGGACCUGAAGUUAAAGCUCCGUAUCCCAGAGAGACGAUCGGGUUCAGGGGACGACGGAAAGAACAAAGAGAAGCACAGAGAGCGGACCAACCAUCACCACCACCACCACAAUCAUCACCAUCACCACUCCUCAGGGAGUAGCUCAUCAUCUUCAUCCUCACACAAACACUCCAGCUCCGCAGGCGCUUCCACAAGUAGCAAAAAAUCAGACCCGACAAGAUCAAGCUCAGCUUCCUCGUCUCGAAAGCGAACUCACUCGUCCGCGCCCUCGCCUAUCGCUCACCCUUCUAAAAUCAGCAAGUUGUCCAGGAACUCGUACCAGCUGCCCCCACUGCCUCCGGACAUCCUGCCAUCACUUGCGCUUGCACACAAUCAGGGAAAUUACCCACACCCCAAAACGGACAAGGCUGACACCAACGGACAUGGUGCCAGCACAGGUGGUCAGUCGAAUGAGUACCAGGACACGUUUGACAUGCUGAAUUCUUUGCUGAGCGCCCAGGGAGUGCAGCCUGCGCAGUCCCAAAUGUUUAACUAUCACUCCCAAUACGACUACAGAUACAGCGUGAGCUCAAGAGGCGGGAACCUGCAACCUCCGCCACUUCCCGCGGAACCCCCUCCGCGGCUUCCACCACUGCCCGAAUGAACCACCUCAAAUACAUCCCACGCAGUCCAUACACCAUCCCAGGCUUCCCAGAUUUCAUGUUUCAUCAUUUCUAUAUCUAUCACGUGCAUUAAGAUAAAUAUCAAAUGAACCUUCCAAUACACAGAUUCUGCUCCAGCCUGUUAAAUCCAUCCCAAUCAUCCCAGGUGUCUUUGUGGUCGGGUGGUUCCACGGCACCCAGACGUGUGGCAAUAAUGGCUAACAUAUAAACUAUUAAAAACUAGCAAAAAAAAAAAUGUAAAAGCAAAAUGUUAUUUAUUUAAAAAAAAAAGUACAUGCUAUUUUUGUCACUCAGUUUUAUAUAUGCAUUAUGUCUAAAUGGUGAUUAAUAAGAAUUGAGUAACUGAGCAAGAGGGACCUUUUUUGUUUUGGUGGUCAUCCUCUGAGUAAUUGUUGACAAGAAAAACGAAAGAUUUGUUUUUACAUAUGGGUUUUUAACAUUUUAACUAAUUAAGUGUCUCUUUUUUAAAACCACAAUAUUUAUUGAUAGACUUUUUAAAUGUAAUUAAAAGUUGUUUUUUGUUUGUGUUUUUUAUUUUUAUUAUUAUUAUUAUUUUUUUUUUUUUUGCUUUGGAAGUCAUUUGGAUUUAUUUUUAUAUUGGUUUGCAUUAUUGUGUGAGUCAAGUUGAAGAUAAAACAAAACAAAACGGAUAACAACAACAACAACAAAAAAAAAAUGGUAACUCAUGCAAAUCUGCAUGAAAAUAUUUCUAAAAUCUGGUUGGUAUCGUCUUUGUUCAGCCAAGUGUUCAUGAUCUAAAGUGGACAUGCAAUAUUUUUCCUAUUGAGAAAAAAAAAAGUUUUAUGUUUGCAUUUGUUAUGAAUUUAUGGGCCCUUUGUGGAAGCAGUCAUUGUUUUAAAUGCUUGUAAAUUGUGCUCGAAAUUCUACUGAGUAUAUAUAUAUAUAUUUUUUUUUUCAUUUUGAUCACACCAGGCAGUAUCUAAUGUGGUGGGUUUUUUUGUUUGUUUGUUUUUUUUGUUUGCAGAAUAUAAUUAUUGUGUAUUGGCAGAAGAGACCACAAGCCAUUGUGAAGCAUUUAUAGACCUUUAUAAACUCAUAACCCAUAUUAAAAUAAUCUGCUUGAAUACGUCUACCAAAGUUGUAUGCAGCACAGAGGAUGUAGGACAUGUAGAGAAAUCCAUCCUUAGCCACAUAUUGUAUUUUCCUUUCGUUUUGUUUUCCAGUGUUGUGGGGGGGGAUAUUUUACUUUGGAUGCGUUUACGCUCGGCUUGAUUCUGAGACACGAAACGAUUUUUCUACCGCCACAUUAAUGUUACUGUUGUGCCUGCCUCUGGUUACACUAUCGAAUAGGAUGGAUUUCUGAUUGUAUUCCUUCUCACAUUACACAUGAUAAGCUCUGCAUGCUAACGAUGUACUGUUUAGUUUGAGAGUAUUAUUAUUAUUAUUAUUACCACUUGUUCCUCCGAGGCUAUAGUCUGCCAUUACUCCUUACCAAAAGCAUGAAGCACACGCUCCUUAACUCUCCCUACUGAAUAUUUAGAUGGUGCUGGAGAUAAAGGGGUCACACGUUGUUUUUUUUAUUAUUAUUAUUAUUUUUUAUUUUUGCCUGUCGUCGUAUCAGAUUCCUGUUAUCUUAAGGAUACGGAAAGGUCGAAUCUCAAGACUCGUGCAAUCACCACUUCAUCUUUUCACGCCUGCAAAGAAAAGAUUUUUUUGUUUUUGUUUUAUUAAAUGUAUACACCACACUAUGUUCCGUGGUACCACAUGAACUCUCAGGUUUCAGAUUUGAAUUCUUGGAACAUUUCUUGGCAGAAGAAACUUUGUGAACUCUGUUCCUUUUUCUAAAUGUGAUUGAUAUCUCAUGUAAAUAAAUGUUUUAUGAGAACAUGA